UUGUAGAGGAAAUUACGACGGUGGACCAAAAGUAACCGUGUUUAAAUUUCCGGAGGAUGAAGCAAUGAGAAAGAAAUGGUUGUCAAGUAUUCGCAGAGAUAACUUCACUCCUUCUUCAAGUUCAAGAGUAUGUCAUGUUCACUUCCACAAGGAUGAUGUUAUUUGGGAAACACAAAUUGUGGAUGAAAGGACUGGUCAGUUAUUAAGAGCCCCCCUUCUCAAACCACGUUUGAGACCAGAUGCAGUUCCAUCACUACUCCCAAACUGUCCUUCCUACCUUUCAAAGGAAGAAAGUAGACGUGAAGGGCCAGAGGAGAAAAAGCAAAGGCUUGAAAAUGAGCAGUUAGCUGCAGCGUUACAAUAUAGUUUAGCAUCACAGAAGGACUAUGAAAACACUUUCAGCUUCAGUUCUUUAGAAGAGUUGAUGUUGCGUACGAAGGAAGUGGAUUUGCCCAACGAGUGGAGUGUGAUCGAAAAACACAGUGAUUUUGUUUGUUUUUUAAAGAUAAUAAGAAAUCCAGCACCAUUAAUCACACAUUCUGUCGUUAUAGAUAGUAAUUUAAAUGUUUCAUUGUUUAAGAAAGAUGUACAAAUUAAGACAUUAGGAAAAAGAUCUUUUCCUGUAAUUGUAACCAAUAUCCAUGAAAUUGUCAGUGUACUGCAGGAGUUUUCAGACACAGAUUGUGGGCACUCAGAAACUUCUAUAGAUAGUAUUGUAGAGAUAGUGAAAGACAGUCUAGGAGUGCUGAAAGACAGUUUACAGGAGAGUGAAAAGGAGAUGGUAGACUUUAUAUAUGAACAAGUUAGUCUCAUAAAUGUAAAGAAAUUUAAUCAUAGGUUUAGUUCUACAUUUAUGAUACUGUGUUGUUUGCUAUUUUCAAUUUCAUCUCAUGCUUACAAUUUUUUACAUAGCAGCUCAUUAAUGAAAAUGCCACAUCCAAGCACUCUGCGUAGGAUCUGCAGCAAAUUUAAUGUGAAUCCAUCUCACGAAAGGCUUGGGGGAAGUAAUUUCCUGUCCUAUGCAAGACAGAAAUUUCAAUACUUGAACAGCGAUGAUGUCAAUGUUGUUUUGAGUGUAGAUGAAAUUCAUCUAAAUUCUUAUUUGGAAUAUAAAGGAGGUAGUGUUUUGGGCAUGUCAUAUAACUCUGAAUGUGCUGCAAAUUCAGCAUUUGUAUUUAUGUUGCAGAGUGUCAAGUCUUUCACCAGCAUCACAGAACGAGAGGGUCGACACAUCGCGCCGUCGCAGAACGAGAGGGUCGACACAUCGCGCAGCUGCGGAGCCAGAGGGUCGACGCAGCGCACCGUCGCGGGUCCAGGGGGUCGCCGCGGCACGUCUAAGCAGAAGGUGCUGAUUCACGCCAACGCAGCACCAGCGUCGCAUCGCGCCGCCGCCGGGGUAGAGAGGCGCCGGUCCGCGCCGUCCCAGCAGCUGUACCGUCUCGCACCGCGCUCAUCUCGAGCGGAUCUACGCGCCGCCACCGCGACGCGCCACAUUCAGCACCAGCCAGCAGGAGUCAAGGUUAGUGGAGAUGUCAACCUCCAAUGA